GAAAGGGUUAAUCGCCCACUCAUGAUGACGUCACCUGCUAUAACUCUCGGCCCUCUUUCUGGUCGCGCGCAGCUCCAUUACAGAUCCCUGACCGGACUUCAGGCGACGGAGGAAAUUUUCCAAAAUGGGGAACUGUCAGCCAACAAUUGUUCCUUAUGACGAGUUUGACGUCACGGCUGACAUCAAGGCCAUCCGCAAAGCCUGCAAAGGUUUAGGCACUGAUGAGAAAGCUAUCAUUGAUAUCCUGGCUAAUCGCUGUGCGGCUCAGCGCGUGGAGAUAAAGCAGGCUUACUUCGAGAAAUACGAUGAUGAGCUGGUGGACGUGCUGAAGAGCGAGCUGUCGGGGAAUUUCGAGAACGCCAUCCUCGCCAUGCUGGACCCGCCGCACGUGUUUGCCGUGAAGGAGCUGCGCAAGGCGAUGAAAGGAGCUGGCACUGACGAGGACGUCCUGGUGGAGAUCCUCUGCACUGCCUCCAAUGCUGAUAUUGCUACUUACAGCGAAACCUACUUUCAAGUGCAUGAGCGGGAUCUGGAGGCGGAUGUCGCCGGAGACACCAGCGGUGAUGUCAGGAGGCUGCUAACUCUGCUCCUCGAGGGAAAUCGAGAUGAGAGCUAUGAAGUGGACGAGGCUCUGGCUGAACAAGACGCCUUGUCUCUGUUUGAGGUAGGACAUAGGGCCCGCUUCGGCACAGACGAGUCGACGUUCAGCUACAUCCUGGCCACCAGGAACUACCUGCAGCUCCAGACCAUGUUUAAAGCCUACGAAGCCAUUUCUGGAACGGAGAUUCUGGAUGUUAUCGAGAAUGAAACUUCAGGAACGCUGAAGAAGUGUUACAUCGCACUGGUGAGAUGUGCUAAGAAUCCGCAGCUGUACUUUGCUCGGCGUCUGAAUGCAGCCAUGAAGGGAGCAGGCACUGAUGAGGACACCCUCAUUCGCAUCAUCGUCGGACGCUCCGAGAUCGAUCUGGAGACGAUUAAGGACAUGUACCUGGAGAAAUACGACGUGCCUCUGAAGGAAGCCAUCAGCUCUGAGUGCAGUGGAGACUUCAAGCGCCUCCUGGUGGCCAUCUGUCAUUAAGGCGGAGAAAGAAACGAACCAGAUGCUCACUUUAAUAAGGAGAAACUAACUAACACAACUGACCAUGGGUCCUAGUGCACACAACAUGUCCAGUUCAACACUAUCUGUAGAUCUGAUGUGGUAUUUAGUGCAAAUCUUGUCUGGAACUCAGAGAGGCUGUGAAAAAAAAACACUGUUUUGAAGGUGCAUGAAGAGAGUACAUUCACUCUUUAUUUAAAAAAAACAACAUUUUUAAGUUGAAAAUGUAAAAUGUAACAAAGGUCAAAAGUUAACCAGCACAACCAUGUGGAAAGUUAACUCUAUACUCAAAGUAAUGCUAAAAUAUAGUAUGUAGUGCUAUAAUACAAUGCCAGUAUUUUAUUUUAUGUUAUUUUAUCAUAAUUGUGUGCCUCAUAUAGUUUGGAAAAGAUUGUGAAGCAGCUUGGUCUCGCUCUCUAUUAGGGUAACUACGCCUCUUCACAAAAAACUUGAACACGCUUCAGCGACUGUUAGAAAAAAUUUCGCUAUGCAGUUUUAAUUUUUUAAAAAUCAUUUUAAUAACAGUUUUAAUUUGCCUGGCAUUUGUGAAUGAUAAAGAAUCAUGAAGGACAUAAGUAAAGUAAAAAAAAAAUGUAAUGUUUCAUGUAAUUUACAAUCAGACACUUUAUAGCAUCCGGGUUGUGAAGUAAAAAAGUUGUGACAUGUUUCGUAGUUUUAGCUUUUCUCACCAUCAUGAUCAGCCUUGUUUCUCUCAUUGUAUACUAACACAAAGAUAUUUUUAAUGUAUUAGAAGUAUGUUAUAUUUUACAUUAUGAAUUAUAUUUAGAUUUUGUCACAGCCUAUAGCUUUAAUGGCAAAAAUGGUCUUAAUGGCAUUGUUGGAAUGAGUAGUGACAUGCGGUGGUCUGCUGCUGUCUUUUAAAAUACCUGUCACAUUCUUGUUAAAAAAAUGGCAGCUGGGUUUUUAACAACUAGAUUUUAAUCAGUUUAACUAAAUUUUCCUCUACUUCUUGUGACGUAUUGCUGUCGCAUGCUGUCAGCGAGCUAAUGUGUUACACAAGAAUGACAUGACUCCAUGGGACCAGACACUAUCUUAUGGAAAGACGUGAAAGAAAGACCAAAAAUUGCCUGAUAAAAUAAACACAUUGUUUAAAUAUCCCAAUAAAAUAUUAAUAGAAAUUAUAA